UCCCGCUAUUUUCACUUUUAAAAUUCUAACCUAACUUUAUUGUUGACAGAUGCGAAAAGGUUUUGAAUUUGUAUCAUAUACAAUUUAAUCAAAAUGAGGAGAAGUUCCGCUCCUAGUCAGAAGUAUAAAACCGAAGAUACACUUACCAAGAAUGUAAAUAGUGGGUUUAAGUCUCCCUUUACUUCAAAAAGAACCAGAGAUCAUUCUAAAGAUACUAAAAAUACGAAACGGGCCCCACUUUCACAAGUUAACACAGAAAUUAUAUUUGUGUCGGAUCAUGAAGAACUUAUUAAAAAAUUAUCUAGACCUUUUAAAUGCCCAGUUCCAAAUUAUGAAGGAUCCAAUAGUACUAGAAAUUUAGGCAUUCGAAGACCACAAGUUAAAAGGGCUCUAUAUGAUCCCAACACACCAAAUGCUUUAGUACUGUAUGCACCACCCGAAAUAUCUGAACAUGAUAAACUAAAAAGUGAUAAGACAAUUUUAGUACAUGUUGUAGUUGAUCCUCUAUUGGGAAACAUUUUACGUCCUCACCAGAGAGAGGGAGUAAAGUUUAUGUAUGAUUGUGUGACUGGUGUUCAAAUCCCUGGUUCUUAUGGAUGCAUUAUGGCUGAUGAAAUGGGAUUAGGAAAAACUCUGCAAUGUAUCACUCUUUUAUGGACAUUGGUUAGACAAGGACCCGAAGCUAAACCAUUAAUCGAAAAGGGAAUUAUAGUAUGUCCUAGCUCGUUGGUUAAAAAUUGGAGUAAUGAAAUCAAUAAAUGGUUGAAAGGACGUUUACAGUCAUUGAUCAUGGAUGGAGGAUCAGAGGCGAAAAAGAAACUAACACAAUUUAUGCAGGGCCAAGGCAGGACAGCGAUACCUGUUCUCAUAAUUUCCUACGAGACUUUCAGAAUGCAUGCUGAGAUUCUGCAUAAGAGUGAAAUAGGACUUGUGCUUUGCGAUGAAGGACAUAGGUUAAAAAAUUGUGAAAAUCAAACAUAUCGGGCAUUAAUGGGACUAAAAGCUAAGAGAAGAGUUUUACUUAGUGGUACUCCUAUUCAGAACGAUCUUUUAGAAUACUUUAGUUUAAUCCAUUUCGUCAACGAAGGGCUUUUAGGAAACGCAUCAGAAUUUAAAAAGAAAUUUGAAAAUUACAUCAUAAGAGGACAAGAUUCAAUGGCUACAGACCUGGAACGGCAGCAUGCUUCUGAAAGACUGAUUGAGCUCACCACUAUCGUAAACAAGUGUCUCAUUCGCCGCACUGCUUCCCUUCUAACAAAAUAUCUCCCAGUUAAAUUCGAAAUGAUAAUCAUUUGCCAGCUAACACCUCUUCAAAAACAACUCUACCUUAAUUACAUUAACUCAGAACUAAUAAGAAAAUCGGUAACAGGUGUGGAAUCUCAAGGCAACACUCUUAGUACUCUGGCUAGUAUUACCACUUUGAAAAAAUUGUGCAACCAUCCAGAUCUUGUACUGGAUAAGAUUUUAGAAGGAUCGGGAGGUUUUGAAAAGAGCAGGCAUAUUUUACCACCUAAGAAUGGACCUAACGAUGUAAGACCAGAACUUUCAGGAAAAUUAAUGCUUCUGGAUUAUUUUUUGGCUAAUCUUAAAGCUAACUAUAGCGAUAAAAUUGUUCUAGUGUCGAACUAUACACAAACUUUAGACUUAUUUGAGGUAUUAUGUAGGAAAAGAGGCUAUUUAUAUGUUCGACUGGAUGGUACAAUGUCCAUAAAGAAGAGAGCUAAAGUGGUAGACAACUUUAACAAUCCGGAAUCGAAGGAAUUUAUAUUCAUGUUAAGUUCAAAAGCCGGAGGAUGCGGUCUUAAUUUAAUUGGUGCUAAUAGACUGAUAAUGUUCGACCCCGAUUGGAAUCCUGCCAACGACGACCAAGCUAUGGCAAGAGUUUGGAGAGAUGGACAGCAGAAGCCGUGCUACAUAUACAGAUUCUUAGCGGCUGGCUCGAUAGAAGAAAAAAUCUUCCAAAGACAAGCUCACAAAAAGGCCCUUAGUUCGACCGUCGUUGACAUGAACGAAGAGGCCGCCAGGCAUUUUAGCGUCGCGGACUUACGGGAUCUUUUCAGAUUAGAAGAUACAGAAUCAGACACGCAUCAAAAACUCAAAUGUAAAAGGUGCAUGAACAAGAUACAAAUUAAAAAUCCACCUGAGGAGGCUGAUUGUACUGACGAUUUAGCAGUAUGGUAUCAUUGUUGGGAUAAGAAAGGGCUGGCUGAUAUGGUUUUAAAACAAAUCUGGGAUAUGUCAAAAUACAUAUCAUUUGUAUUCCAUCAGAAGUCUGCCAAACAAGAAGUCAAAAAAGUUGUGGAAGAAGAAGAUCCUGAUUAUAAUGAAAAGGAAGAAUCCGAUUUUGACGAUAAAGAUUCUGAUUAUUCUGAUUAGAAACAAAUAUGUCAUAUCUUUUAAAAAGAAUACAUUGUGAUAGGUUUGUACUACAUACAGUCCGUACAAUAUAGAUACCGUUUGAAUGAAUAGGUACUUAAAUGAAUCCCAUUUAAAUAGCAUUGGAGCCAAGACUACGUACCCACCCCCUUAAUAGAAAUCUUCCAAUAUUAUUUAUACGCGUAUAUAAUACAAUAUGUCUAGUGGCUGUAAUUCUAGUGUAUUCAGCUAAACGAUUCUAAAAAGGAGCACAUAUAGGUACGACUUAAAUAUUUCGUGUUGGUGUCAUGAGACGUCACGUGCUACGACGCGCAUGACGUGCAACGGUAUGCUUCUUUUCAUGAGCAUUUUUCAGUGCGUCACAAAUGAUAGAAAAAAAGGUAAGUCCGUGAUAAUAUACAUUUAUAACAUUUAUUCUAACAUUUUAGUUAAAUCUGAUAGUUGUCACAUUUUAUUUGCAAUUUGGCAUAAAAACAAAUCAAUUGUGUUUAUUGCAUUUAUAAAAUGGUAUUUUCUUUGAUUUGUAUAGUCUUAUAAAUUGUUCAGAUUAUAUUCGUAGAUAUAUUAUACAGGGUGGUUCAUCUUAUUCGCCUCGGUCUCUGUACGGAAAACCACUUGAUAUUUAAAAAAAAUUUCUUCACAAAAAUAAGCCUUUAAUACUACAAUCUAAAAAUAAUGUGAAUUAUACAGGGUGCUCCAAAAAAGAGUGGUAUAUCAAAGUUAUAUUUUUUCUUAUGGAAUGCCCUACAUCUGAUGACAUUACUGAAUUUA